CUCCACCCAUCAAUCCUCUUCUAUAUGCACAUAACUCCAGUCCUCUUCCACUUCCUGCUUCCUGCUCUGUGUGGCUCACUUCCUGCUCUGUGUGGCUCACUUCCUGCUCUUUGACGCUCACUUCCUGCUCUUUGACGCUCACUUCCUGCUCUUUGACGCUCACUUCCUGCGUCCAUCUUGUGUCUUUGUCUCCCAGAGGUCCACAGGUUCAGGCCACUAAAGCUGCAGCCGGAGCGAAGAAGUACGAGCUGAGCAAGUGGAAAUACGCCGAGCUGCGGGACUCCAUCAACACCUCCUGUGCCCAGCAGAACCCGGCCCCCGCCCUCCCCGCGCGGCAGCUGGAGGUGGCAUUGAACCGGCAGCAGAGGUACUUCAGGAUCCCCUUCAUCCGCCCGGGGGACACCUACUCAGACCCCCAGAACACCAAGAAGGGCUGGUGGUACGCUCACUUCGACGGGCCGUGGAUCGCCAGGCAGAUGGAGCUGCACCCCGAAAAACACCCCGUCGUCCUGGUGGCAGGUAAAGACGACAUGGAGAUGUGUGAGUUGAGUCUGGAGGAGACCGGCCUCUCCAGGAAGCGAGGCGCAGAGAUCCUGCCCCGGCAGUUUGAGGAGAUUUGGGAGCGCUGUGGGGGGGUGACGUACCUCCGCAGCGCCAUCGAGAGCCGGCAGGCGAGACCGACGUACGCCACCGCCAUGAUGCAGAGCAUGUUCAAAUAAUGGAGGAACACAAAGGGACAAAUGCACCAGCUCCCUAACACGGGGGGGGGGGUUGGUUGUUUUUUUGUGCCUGGGUGUUACUGUUCCUAACAAGGGAAGCUUUGCAUUGAACCCCAUGCAGAAACAUCCCAUUAGUCAUCACCUCUGAUAGUCUGAUGUCCAGCUUUAGUGAACCUGGAGAUGAAUACCCCGACGUUUUAUUUUAGAAAGGUAGAGUAGAAACGGCCGGAUGCUAACCUGCAUACGUUGGGACAUUUACACCAUUGGGAUACGCUGCGUUAAUUAGAGUUAAUUAGAGUUAAUUAGAGUUAUAGCCCAUGAGCUAUCCAGCUUUAGUGAACCUGGAACUGUUGUAAGAAAGUUAGAGCAAGGAUCCCCAGCACAUAGAAACUACUGGAUGCUAACACUUACGAUAUGUUGCGUUAAUUAGCAUUAAUAGCCCAUGCAGACAGUAAUAGGUGGACAGUUUUGAAGUGGUUUUGGGCUUUAUUGAGAAUGCAAACAAAGGGACAGAUACACCAGCUACCUAACACAGGUCUGUUCUUUGUGCUGGUGUUCUGUUCCUAACAAGGGAAGCUUGGCGUUGAAACCUAUGCAGAAACAUCCCAUUAGUCAUCGACUCUUCCCAGCUUUAGUGAACUUGGAAGUGUUAUGUUAGAAAUGUAGAGUAAGGGUCCCCAGCUGCCUAACACAGGAGGGGGGUUGUUUCUUUUCUUUGUGUUCCUAACAAGGGAAGCUUUUGCAUUGAACCCUAUGCAGAAACAUCCCAUUGAUCAUCACCUCUGAGAGUCUGAUGUCCAGCUUUAGUGAACCUGGAAGUCUCGUUAGUUUGUAGAGUAAGGGUCCCCAGAACAUAGAAACUGCCGGAUGCUAACCUGCAUAUGUUGGGACAUUUACACAAUUAGGCUAUAAUGCUAAUGAAUGCUAAUUAAAGCAACUUAUCCUAUGUGGACGAUAAUGUAUAAAGCGGUUUUGGGGACGCUGAAUCCAUCUCUGACGUUUCCAGGACGAUAAAUGUCAGUUUUAACGAGGAGGCGGCCAUACUUGUUCUCUGAUUUUGACCACCAUGAGAAGUGUUUCGACCAUUGGAUACAGAGAGCACAAGAUGAACAUUAUGAUCUCUACUGUGGA